AUGGAUAAAUUCAAGGUUGUGUUUUACUCAAAGGGUUGUUUUGUAAAAGACCCUAACAUAAGAUACGAGGGUGAGGAAGUAUAUGUUUUUAAUGGUCAAGAUCGUGAUUAUUGGUCUUUCUUUGAAGCAUGUGACUUAGUUAAAGUCAUUGACCCUGAGUUUGAUUUAAGUUAUGUUAAGAUGUGGUGGAAACAUGAUGAAGGAUCCAUUGAACAAUACUUAAAACCAUUUAGAGAUGAUGAAAAUGCUUUUGAGUUAGCCAUGUAUGUUGUAGGAAAUAAGUGUGAAGUUGAGAUAUUUUGUGAACCUAAAGUUAUAAGAGAGGAAACCUUUAUAGAUAGGUUUUUAGAGAAAGGAAAAGGGAUGAAAUGUGAUGAAGAUUGUGACAGAUUGAGUGAAACUAGUAGUGAUUCUAGUGAUGAAUCUUUGAGGGGUGUCCACUUUAAUGAUAGUGAGGAGGAGAGAGUGAAAGGGUUUGAAGAAAGACUUAAUGAAGUGUUUGAUAAGGGGCUUGAUGGAAAACCUAAAAAUUAA